AUGCCGGUGGGGCGCGUCCCGCGGCGGGGCAGCCCCGCGCCCCCCGCGCCGCCCCUCCGCAGCCGCCGCCGUCGCAGCCGCGCCGCGAUGCCGGCGGCGGGGCGCGGGCAGCCCGCCUCCUGGCUCCUGGUGCUGGGCGCAGCCGCCCCCGCCCUCUGGCUGCGCUGUGUCCUGGCCGACUUCACGGUGGACAACGAGGUGCACUCCAGCUUCAUCCACCGGCGGCUGCGCGGCCCCGAGCGCCGCGAGAUGCAGCGGGAGAUCCUCUCCAUCCUCGGCCUGCCGCACCGACCACGGCCCCACCUCCACGGCAAGCACAACUCGGCCCCCAUGUUCAUGCUGGACCUCUACAAUGCCAUGUCCGUGGAGGAGGGGGCGGCGGGGGCCGCCGCUGAGGAGGGCGAGGGCUUCUCCUACCCCUACAAGCCCAUCUUCAGCACCCAGGGGCCGCCCCUGGCCAGCCUGCAGGACAGCAACUUCCUCACCGAGGCUGACAUGGUCAUGAGCUUCGUCAACUUGGUGGAGCAUGACAGAGAGUUUCACCAUCAGCGCUGCCACUACCGAGAGUUCAGGUUUGAUCUCUCCAGAAUCCCAGAGGGGGAAGCGGUGACGGCAGCCGAGUUCAGGAUAUAUAAGGAUUAUAUCCGCGAACGCUUCGAUAACGAAACGUUCCAGAUCAGCGUCUACCAGGUGCUGCAGGAGCACCCGGGAAGGGACUCAGAUUUGUUCCUGCUCGACUCUCGAACAAUCUGGGCUGCAGAAGAAGGGUGGCUGGUGUUUGACAUUACUGCAACCAGUAAUCACUGGGUGGUGAAUCCACAACACAAUCUUGGCCUGCAGCUAUCUGUGGAAGGUAUUGAUGGGCAAAGCAUCAAUCCCAAACUGGCGGGUCUCAUUGGAAGGCAUGGCCCACAGAACAAGCAGCCGUUCACAGUGGCCUUUUUCAAAGCCACCGAGGUCCAUCUCCGCAGCAUUCGCUCCACGGGAGGGAAGCAAAGGAGCCAGAACCGAUCAAAAACGCCAAAGAACCAAGAAGCUUUCCGGGUGUCCAACAUUGCAGAGAACAGCAGCAGCGACCAGCGCCAAGCCUGCAAGAAGCAUGAGCUCUACGUCAGCUUCAGGGACCUGGGGUGGCAGGACUGGAUCAUUGCUCCAGAGGGCUAUGCUGCAUAUUACUGUGAAGGAGAAUGUGCUUUCCCCUUGAAUUCAUACAUGAAUGCUACAAAUCAUGCCAUUGUACAGACACUGGUUCACUUUAUAAACCCAGAGACUGUGCCGAAACCCUGCUGUGCUCCUACACAACUCAAUGCCAUCUCAGUGCUCUAUUUUGAUGACAGCUCCAAUGUUAUCUUAAAAAAAUACAGGAACAUGGUGGUACGAGCAUGUGGCUGUCAUUAGAUUUGUAGGAAAGAAAAAUGGUAUUUGUGAGGAGUGUUUUUGUAUGGCUAUGUGGGGGAGGGGAAAAGGUUAGCACUCCAGCAAUGGGUUUAAAAAAAUCCCAAACAGUUUUGUAGGACUGGGCUUCUGAAAGUUCAGACAAUGGAACAGUUUCUGAAUCUAAGUGGCUUUUGGACACAUUUUGUUUUAGUUUGUUACAGACAAUGAGCUUGUAAACUGAGACAAGCCAGAGAAACCAUUUAAAACCAAAUCUGCCUACAAAAUCGGCUCCUACAGUACAUACUUCUGCAAAUAAGUCUUUCUGAAGAUUGCAAGCUCACCAGUGUUGAUUAUGAAUUAGAAAGUAAUCAUCUAUCAAAGGUGAGAAUGUGCUGUGACUAAUAAGCAUGCAUAGUUCCUGUAACACAGUUUGCAAUAAAGUGAACAAAACAUACCUGGAGUGAACAGGUAUUUUGUUAGAGAAUGAUUACUUCCAUCCCUCUGUUUGCUUCUAAUUUGUAAGCAAAAACAAAGAUUAAUUACAUGAAACUUUCAGUUUUAGACUACAGUAACAAAAACUAUACUUGAAUUAAUGCAAAUUUAAAGGCUGGGUCUUAAGGAAAAGAACACCAACACAAAACCUCCAAGAAGUUUCUAAUUGGCAAGCAAAAGAACUGAAGACAAUAAUUCCAAAGAGCAAGACUUUUUGAGCCUACUUCUUUUGAUCAACAGGGAAGGAAAUUUCCUCUAGCAACCAGAAUGAAUUAGAAUAGCUAUGAACUUGUAACAGGAGUGCAGCAAAAUGUUAAGAAACAGAGAUUAAACUUCACGUUUAGCUGGGUUAAUCCUAUGCAGCUAUGGAGUUGUGAAAGCCAGCUCAAGAUCCUGCUCCUGUUUGGAAAAUGUCCAUUGACUUCAGUGACAUAACAAGUUCCAAUGCCUUCCCCAAACAGGCAGGCUUAAGUGCAGAAGGUGCUCUAAGAUGGGACGUACACCCAGCACCACACAGACGUGGCUAGAAACAAGCUAGGAAACCUUGCUUCCCAGGGUCAGUGUUUUUGAUGCCCUCCUGCUUUACUAUUGGCUUAACUUUAAAAACAAAACAAAAAGACAAAACCAAAAUUAAAAAAACAAUUCAAGAGUUACACCAAAAAAACUAGAAUCAGGGGCAAGAAAAUGUCCCCUUGAGGCUUUUCUUUUUAGUUCUUUUAAAGUCACAGGUUACACAAACAUCACACUUAUGUAAUUAAAGCUCAAUUAAAGUUGUUGUGGUGAGGAAUACGAAGUAGCAAUAUUCAAUCAUGAGCUAAUUCAACACUUUGGCGUACAUCGUGAUUACAAAAGUAGAACUGGCAUAUGUGUCACCCAGGAGAUAAAAAGGAAAAUUCUAUCCAUUGAAACACCAGAUCCUCAGCACACCCAGCUCUACAUUUCCCAACUUCAAAACCCUAAACCUCCAACAGCUGGGUUCAGAACAUAAUAAAUCCCUGGAGGUGGAUCUCUCUGCUCAGUGAGUGGACAGGGUGAUGCAGCCACAGUGGGAACUUGGCUCAGUAUCUUGCCUUAGAGGAGAGUUAGGGAAAGAAGAUAAAUGAACACAAAUACCUGAUUCUGGAAGACAGUCACUGCUCUUCCUCCUUUAAGUUGCAGAUCAAAUCCAUGCCAGAUGCCUCACUUUAAAAAGAAUAAGCAAAGGAACAAAAAAAAAAUACUCUCUACUAUAUAAAUUGGAAACUUGUUUCUGAUGGUCUAAUUCUAAUCUCAUUUAAGUCAAUUGCUGUUUUCCCAUCAGUUUUCUCAGUAGCAGGAUCAGGCUUAUGGGAAAGUGGGAGUCUGUCCAUAACAUAGGUAGGUUUUAGACUGGGGCCUCAGUGAGCAGUUGCCUCAUUGCAAGAUGUGCCCCAGCUUCUGACCCAGAUGACUCAAACAUCUGCAGGAUCAGCCUGGCCAUGGCAUGCAUGUUCCUCCAGCACAACUCCAACAAACUUCCUAACUGUCCCAAGGUGAAGCUUGAACCAAAUGGUUACAGCCAGACAAUUGGCAGGACAACAGCUGAAGCCAGAAGACUCUCUCCCUGGAGCCUGCAGGCAAGACCAUAUGCAAUAAACAGCCAAAACUGCCCUCAGUGUAUCUCUUACUUCGAGAGAGGUAUAGAAACCACACAGAUGGGAAGCAUCUUUUGACAUUUUAUACUUAUAUACACCAGUGCUUCUGUAAACCUCCUAAAGGAAGUUAAGAUGCUGUCUAGAAAGUUAAAAGCUAAUCAUGCCUAAACUUCCACUAUUUAGUAGUCAAGGGUUAGUUUUUCUUGUGGGUGUUUGAGUGUUGGUGGUCACUGCGUUGGUGUUUUGCAUUUUUAACUUGGACCAGAGUAUCUUGCUGUAUAGGGUUCAUAUAUUAAAUAUUAUGUGGGGGAUUGUUUCUGGUUUGGUUUUCGUUUGGGUUGUUUGCUGUUGUUGCUGUUUUGGUGGUUGUUUUUUUUUUCCUAAACAUAAUAACAGGAUUUCUGUUGCUAGGCUCAACAUCAGCUUCACUGUUUGUACAUUUUUAUGUAAAUAGUUGUCACAAGCUGAAGAAGAAUUAUUUAUUUCCAUCUCUGAAUUCCUUUUCAAUCACAUCCAGGAAAAAGGAUUCUCGGUUCCUAAACACAUUUGUUUCCUUAUUUAAGAAAGAUAUUUAUUAACAGUUGGCAAAAAUGCAUACACAUUUCUGGUUCUUUUCAUAGAGCAGUUGUCAGAAGCCUUUUGUACAAACUAGUAAAAUAAAUCAUUGCAACUUUACAAAAGAUAUCCCAA